AAUAGAUUGGACAGGAUCGCUGAAUGGGCUUGGCGAAGGCGGGUCUGCUUUCGUUAACCCGUCUGCGUUACAGGCGCUGGCCUCAGCAACUCAUAACUCCAAGUAUACAGCAAGAAGCAAACAGCAAGAAGCAACACUUGUCGUGUACAGCGCCGGCAGUGGUCAGUGUGCUGCGACGACGGCUUGACACAAAAUCAGGCGGCUGUCAGUACUAUAAGCGUGAGAUACGAUACGUCUUGCUACCAUAUUAAGGGUCUCUCCUUCAGUGACAGCAGCAGCCGGAAGCUACGAUGGGCGUCGCGGUCGGGGAUGCUGGCUCGGAAAAGAAAAGCAAGGGACGCAUGGCCGUUGAUGCCACGGCGGGGGCCAUAGCAGGAUGUAUAGCCAGGUUCUUGACGGGGCCGUUCGACGUUGUGAAAAUCCGCUUCCAAGUCCAACUAGAACCCAUUGUGGGCGCCCCUGCGGACGCUCUUCGACGCUCCAAGUACACUGGGUUCACUCAGGCGCUCACCACCAUUGUGCGGGAGGAGGGAAUACAGGGCCUGUGGCGCGGCACGGUGCCGGGCCUGCUGCUGACUGUGCCGUACACGGCGGUUCAGUUCGUGGCGCUGCAGCAGGUGCGCCAGGCGGCAGCCAGCUACGGACUGACAGCCAACCCCGGCACGGCACCGCUUGUGUCACUGGCCAGCGGCGCAUUGGCGGGCGCGGCCGCCACCGUGGCCUCAUACCCCUUCGACCUGCUGCGGACAACACUGGCGGCGCAGGGGGAGCCCAAGGUGUACAAGACGCUGUGGGAAGCGGCGCGCGGCAUCGUGUCGCAGCGCGGCCCCGCCGGCCUGUACAGCGGCCUGGGGGUCACACUUGUCGAGAUCAUGCCGUACGCGGCGCUGCAGUUCGGACUGUACGACGCCCUCAACGCCGCAGUCAAUGAGGCGCGUGAGCGGCACGCCCGAGAGCAGGCGGCGGCGGCGGAUGCGGCAGCGGACGCGGAGGCGGCCGCGGACAGGCGGGGGCGGCAGGCGCGCACGCGCAGCGGCGGCGAGGCGGGCGAGGGGCGGGCGGUGCGGGAGGUGGCGGACGAGGCGGCGGCGGCGGCGGAGCGCUCUGCCAGCGGCCUGCAGUCGAACCGGCUGCAGGCGUUUGCGUGCGGUCUGGUUGCGGGUCUGGUUGCCAAGCUGGUGACUCACCCGCUGGAUGUGGCCAAGAAGCGGUACCAGGUGGCGGGGCUGCAGCGGAGCCUCAAGUACGGCGCGCGGGUGGAGGCGGGCUUUGCGAUGCGCUCUCUGGCCCAGAGCCUGGUGGACAUCUACCGCACCGAGGGGGUGCUGGGGCUGUGGAAGGGCAGCGUGCCGUCCAUCAUCAAGGCCGCCCCCUCCGCCGCCAUCACCUUCACCGCCUACGACGCCGUACUGGCCUGGCUGCUGGUGGUGGCGGGCGAGCACUCCAGCAAGCAGGCGGCGGCUGCGCAAGCGGCAGCAGCAGCGGCAGCGGCUGCCCAGGCGCAGAAGGAGUCGAAGAAAUGAGGGCGCUGCGUACACAUGCGGGGGAGGAUAUGGGGACUGUGGGGCUGCAGGGAGUUGGGUGCAGGUAUUGCGGUGGGAUGAGUAUGGAAGCAGUAGGUGCAAGGUGGGCAGCACUGCGUGCAAUGUGCAUUCACGUUGCAGGGGAGUGGACGGGAGGUGGGUUAAUAUACAGUCAGGAUGUUAUCAAUGCCGGGGCGGUCGGCAUCUACUGCCCCGUCCUACUAAGCUUUACUGCCAACUGGGUCAAAGCGUUGUUUGUUGUGGUUUCGUUUGGUCGUUGUGCUUCGAACUUGCGGCCGCGGCGCGGUGUGAGCGCUGCGUGCUGGCGGCAUCCGUGUACGCGGCACAGGUGGGCGGAGGUGCGGGUCGGUGCGUGGAUGGAACAAAUGCAUGUGGCCACGUGGGUGUAGCCUCUAGGCGGGUAGGCCUCGCAUCACAAGACACUACAUUGCUAUGCCGCGCAGGCGAGAUGUUGUGUGCAAGGAACGGCCAGGGACCGUCCCGAGACCAAUUGGCCGGCCAGGGACCAAUUGAAGCGGCCGGGCUGUUAGGGAAGGUCAGCGCGUCAGUGCAAGUGCACAUGCACAUGCAUCCCGAUGGGCACACGAGGUGUGGGAGGAGGUAUGCCUGAGUGCUGUCGCAGCGGCCGUGUGGCGGCUUGGUUCUUACGUACCCUGGGCAUCCACCUUGAUUGGGAGCGUUGCUGAAAGUGCUGCUAUGCGUUUUAACGCUAGCACCUAGCGCGCAUCUUGUCGGCGGAGUCUAGUUCGUUGCGAACUGUGCAUUGCGUUUCACAGGGGGAGCAGGCCUAAGGUUAGCUGGCGCUGCUGUGAGGUGGAGCAUUCCGGCAAAUCUGUAGCUCUGCUGCCUCGUGCCUUGUGCCUUUGGGUGGGGGCCUAUGGCAGCUCGAGGGAGAGGUCAACACCUGAAACAUUCGCGAUGUGUGGCGACGCGCAGGGGCAGCCAGGCAGAGGUGGUGGUCGUGGACCUGUAGAUGUAACCGUGCGUCUCG